AAGUUUCCGACUUCUUCAAAAACACUCCAACCAACAGAGAAUCAUUGCUAUCGUCAUAAGGAAUCAUACAAGUUUGAAAUUUUGCGCAUAUAGACAAUAAAAAUAAAGAAAAGCUUCUUGGACCCGAGAAUUGCAACGAUAUCGAAGGGAUAACUAUAAAUGAAUCAUUAACUUGUCAACGAAAUACUGUAUACGAAAAUGGCAGAAAAAUAAUCGGUCGUCACAUAAAUCGAGGAAACGAAUUGCCCGUGAAGUAUGGAGCAUCUACAAACCCCCUGACACAUAGGUCUCAAACAGAGAGAAAUUUUCAUCAACAGUAGAAAUCGAUUUCAAUCAAAGUAAUUCAACCUGCACAAAUAAUGAACGUUUUGCGUCAAAAACACAGCGACGCUCAAUUGCUGAUAAAACAAGCCAAGAACAAUUGACCAAAAAAUCUAUUCAAUAUUACUCCGAAGGAUCAUGGAUCUCAAAGAUGAUCGUAACUUAUUAUUUAAACGAAAGAAAAGUCACAGAAGAAGUAAGUGGUAAUGGAGAGAGAGUGAAUAUUUCUGCAAGCGCAACAAAUGUCGAAGUGAGAUUUAAAGUUAUGCGUCCAUUUUGGGGUGAUGUCAUGACGUACGACCGUUUUAACAAGACCUGGUUAAAACCAUAUACACCUCACAUCUUCCGAUACCAAAAAGCAAAAAAUCGCACAUUUACUCUUAGUGGUAAUCUUUGUUGGGAGGCAGUCAUGGGAGUCAGUAAUGAGUAUGGAGAAACAAAAGAAAUGGGUUUUUUAUCAACUGACGAAAUUUAUUGCCCUCAAAGAAAUUCAACCUGCUCAAAUAAUGAAAAUUUUGCGUCAAAGACCCAACAACACUCAAUUCUCGACGAUAAAAGCCAAGAGCAGUUGACCAGAAAAACCAUUCAAUAUUACUCCAAAGGUCCGUGGAUCUCAAAGAUGAUUGUAACCUAUUAUUUAAACGAAAGAAAAGUCACAGAAGAAGUAAGUGGUGAUGGGAAGAGAGUGAAUAUUUCUGCAAGCGCAACAAAUGUCGAAGUGAGAUUUAAAGUUAUGCGUCCAUUUUGGGGCGACGUCAUGAAGUACGACCGUUUUACAAAUACCUGGUCGAAACCGUAUACACCUCAUAUCUUCCGAUACGAGAAAGCCACUGGUCGCACAUUUACUCUUAAUGGUAAUCUUUGGUGGGAGGCAGUUAUGAGAGUAACUGAUGAAUACCACGAGGAAACAAAUGAAAUGGGCGAAAUUUAGAAAGGUAUUGCCAGCGGAAGCAAUGAUUGGGAAACGUUCUGUUAACAUAGAACAAUUAAGUGAUUGCUGAACUAAAUGAUAAUUGACCUUACCUGAGAUUACGUGUACUUGUAAAUACAACGUAUAAAUCAUCAUUAUUCAAAUGGUGGAGACAGCAAUGGCUCUCACAAAAUGAUUUUUAAGAAAAUAGUUUUCUUUGGACAUUUAUCUUAUACCAGUAUGCUUUUGUGCAUAAUGUAAUCAUUAAAUAGUAAUUUUUCAUUGUUCUUCGAAA